AUGAGUGCUGCAACCCCGCAAGUAAGCUCGGCCAACGGGGAUGGAGUUGGGCCUGAUGCACCCAAAGCACCCUUCAAGCCUCGUUGGCCGAAAUAUUCGCCCACUCGAAUCCUCAAUUAUGAGGCAACAUCUCAAAACACUUCAGAGCCGUCGCCAUUGCAUAUCAGCCAAGGCGAAUCUCCAGUUCAUGAUCAACAAGAGCCGUUUGACUCGUCGUCCUCCGCCAUGCAGGAAGCUGAUUCCAUGAUGACGGGUACUUCAGAGCAUUCUAUUGAGAAUGGCUCAAAACCUCGCACUCAAACUCUGCCGGUCCCAAAAGAGGCGCCUCUUCAACGCCCCAAAGCCUCUACCGUCUCGAGUAAUGUCACCGAAGUGCCUCUACAACGACCUCAGCAUUAUGAAGAGGAGAUUGCCUUUUCUGACAUAGUGGCAACAUUCGCUGUUGACGUAUCUGGCAGUACAGAAGGAAGGGUACUUGAAGAAGAGAAAGACGCAAUCAAUUUGCUCUGCAGUGGCCUCUCUCGGGAUGCUCAAAGUCAAGCGCAAAUCAUACCUUGGAGCCAUGUAACUCAUCGCGUGAUUCGUCCGACUGAAAUCGAUAGUCUCCAACCAGGGGGUGGUACAGUUCCCAAUUGUCUCAACCAGGAGACUGACUCAAGGAAAGCGCUGAGCAUGUGCUCCGCUUGGUUCUUACUUACGGACGGACAAGUCGACCACCAUGAGGUCCUAGACUUCUCUAAGGGCGUUUGUGAAGCAAGCCUGCAUGGGACACCUUGCGUCAUCAUUCUAUUCGGCUACAAGACUUCAAGACCUGUGCAAGCUAAUGUCUCUGUCGGUCUGUCAGUUUUUAGCAAUGCGGCAGAUUGCUUGUUCUUGUUCCACGACAUCGAUAGCACACAGGUCUACGUGCUGCAAUCAAAGGGAAAAUUCAACCAAAUCCUACCGCCAGGCUGUCGAGAGUUGCUUCUAGAUCAGACAACUUUGUGGGGCAGCUUACCUAACUUUCACUAUCGUGAGUUGUUUGAUUUACCAUUACCAGCUCGACAACAGUUGCAACCCGAUGAUCUAUUACUACAAAGCGGAAAGAGAGUCAAUCUCCAGAACUUGUUUCAUGACCAAGUCGGAUCUCUUGAGGCCCGAGAAAUUAUGGAAAACGAUGACAACUUAAAGUCAGUAUUACUCGCGGCGCAAUUACGGGGUAGGGACGAUGACGUAGGCAGUUGGGUGUCAAAACAAAAGCUCGACAAAGACAGCAUCUUGCAAUGCGAUAGACCCGAUCUUGGGAUGAAAGCAUUUCUCUCGAUGCAACAUUUGUUGGAGUUGCUAUUCUGCCAAGGAAUAGAUUAUUCGAGAAUCAGACUUUGGAAGCAAGAAUUAAGGUCAGCCCAUUACAUGAACUGGCGCAGCUUCGUGACUGGCGCCAUUGCGCAUCACGAUUCAACGAGGUCUCGAGACACAGUCGUUAGAGACUCAAUGUCUAGGCUUAGGAGCAACCGGAGAGAGAUGGACACAGGGGUUCAUAGUCCGCACAUGAUGGUGCCGGUAAGUCCGACGCCGUCCCUCCAGGGAGGAUUCACCAAAAACAUGUCUUAUUCAGAGUAUUAUGAUACUUCAAAUGUUUCCGGACCGCCCGCACCUCCUACAAUGUCCCGCAGACAGCUACCAGGGCAUGGCGAUCCCGAUUCCAACCGAAUUGGGACGCAAUAUGUGGGCAAGCAACAAUUGAGCAGUCUCAAGGUGAGACUUGGCAAAGACUCUGGAAUCCUCUAUAUACCGGGCUACAAGGACGAAUUUUCGAAUCCCAGCGUGGCCGGACUCUGUCCCAUCUGUGACGAAAAGGAUAUACCACUGGUUGUUUUGCUGAAAGCGCCACCUCAAGGCCUAGCGACACCUGGGUUCCCUAGCCCGAACCAACGAAAGGGUCUCGUCUAUCCUCUUGCAAUGGGAUCCUACCCUGAAACGGAUGUACUCUCUUCACAAGUAUGCUGUGACUCUUGUGCGUUCAUUCUAGUACAGAACAACAUGUCCGUUCGAGACGAUAACAUUGUUGGAGCGAUACCAAUCUUAGAGAGUGCCUUCACCGGAAAGUGCAAUCAGACCACUUUCAAAGCGAUUGACAAAGCUUUGCAGCACAGGUUUCACGAGUCCGCCGUAUUCUUGGUAUUCCUUGCAGUAAUAUUCAGCACAAUUGCCAAUACCGAAGACGACGCCUCUGACGUCAGCUUAAGUGCUCUGCAAAGCUUGGCAAGUCUUGUGGCCAAGCACACCGAGCUACCUGUGAACUUGAGUAUGUCAAUCAAUGAAUCCACUCCUCGGACCGGAACUUUUGGGAAUCCUCGACCUUUGCAGCGGGUGAUUUCGCAGAAUUUCCUGGGUAUUUGGGAGCCAGAUUGCCCACUGUUGCAGCAUCCGCUCGAGGGUUUCGUAGUACUCGCUCUGACGGCCCAAAAUCUUGGAGUGUAUGGUUUGCUGAACCAUCGCGUCGACGUCCCCCUCGCAGUACUGCAUCGCUUUCUGUACCACCUAGUGGAGAAACACUGCGCUUGCGGCAAGAAAGAUCAAAGUGCGGCGUCAACGGCCUUGAAUGCCAUUAUUCAAGAUCUGCAAAAAGCUGGUAGACCCUACGAGAGCGUCUUUGAACCUCCGCGCGGGAAAGAUGUUGAAGACCCAGAUGUAUCAAUGACUGGGGAGACUUCGGGGCUCCAACAGAUGUCAAGCACCAUCCUCAAAGGAACAUAUCUUGUCUCGGAUGAAGAAUUGGAGGAGUUCGACCGCCUCGAUGAUUUUGCGGCAGUUGUCAAAAUGCCAGUAUCGAAACUAGAAACUUUUCCGAAAAGUUUGCUCUUGGAAGCGAGUCAGAACACUUAUGCGAGUGGUGUCUUCGAAGUAUUAAGAGCUUCUGAAGUGCUGAAUGAUACUUUCAAUAUUGAGUAA